GGCCCGGGGGUCCUGUGGGGCGGAAUGGUACCUCUGGAUUGCAGAGGCCGUGGCUCGGCGCCAGAUCCCGGAGUGUAGACAUUUGGGGGGGAGGGGAGCGUGAGAAGAAGGAGCCAGCGAGCCAGCGAGCGAGCGCCGGGGAGAGGCAGCGCGCCGCGGGCACGGACGAGGGGCUGCGCGGGGAAGAUGUGAGCGCGUGGGGUCUGGCUGGCCUCCGAGCACCAUGCAGAAGGGGAUCCGGCUAAACGAUGGCCACGUCGCGUCCCUGGGGCUGCUGGCGCGCCAGGACGGCACGCGCAAGGGCUACCUGAGCAAGCGGAGCGCGGACAACACAAAAUGGCAAACCAAGUGGUUCGCGCUGCUGCACAACCUGCUCUUCUACUUCGAGAGCGACUCGAGCACCAGGCCCUCGGGGCUCUACCUGCUGGAGGGCUGCGUCUGCGACCGCGCGCCCUCCCCCAAGCCCGCGCUCUCGGCCAAGGAGCCGCCCGAGAAACAGCAUUACUUCACCGUGAACUUCAGCCACGAGAACCAGAAGGCCUUGGAGCUGCGGACUGAGGAUGCCAAGGACUGUGACGAGUGGGUGGCAGCCAUCGCUCACGCCAGCUACCGGGCGCUGGCCACGGAGCACGAGGCGCUGAUGCAGAAGUACCUGCACCUGCUGCAGAUCGUGGAGACGGAGAAGACGGUGGCCAAGCAGCUGCGGAGGCAGAUCGAGGAUGGGGAGGUCGAGAUCGAGCGGCUGAAGGCAGAGAUCGCGUCCCUGCUCAAGGACAACGAGCGGAUCCAGUCCACCCAGACCACCGUGACCAGUGACCCCGGCGACGAGGACAGCGACAUCAAGAAGAUUAAGAAGGUGCAGAGCUUCCUGCGCGGCUGGCUGUGCCGCCGCAAGUGGAAGACCGUGAUCCAGGACUACAUCCGGUCGCCGCACGCCGACAGCAUGCGCAAGCGCAACCAGCUGGUGUUCAGCAUGCUGGAGGCCGAGGCCGAGUACGUGCAGCAGCUGCACAUCCUGGUCAACAACUUCCUGCGCCCGCUGCGCAUGGCCGCCAGCUCCAAGCGGCCGCCCAUCACGCACGACGACGUCAGCAGCAUCUUCCUCAACAGCGAGACCAUCAUGUUCCUGCACCAGAUCUUCUACCAGGGCCUGAAGGCGCGGAUCUCCAACUGGCCCACGCUGGUCCUGGCCGACCUGUUCGACAUCCUGCUGCCGAUGCUGAACAUCUACCAGGAGUUCGUGCGCAACCACCAGUACAGCCUGCAGAUCCUGGCGCACUGCAAGCAGAACCGCGACUUCGACAAGCUGCUCAAGCACUACGAGGCCAAGCCCGACUGCGAGGAGCGGACGCUGGAGACGUUCCUCACCUACCCCAUGUUCCAGAUCCCCAGGUACAUCCUGACGCUGCACGAGCUCCUGGCGCACACCCCCUAUGAGCACGUGGAGCGGAACAGCCUGGACUACGCCAAGUCCAAGCUGGAGGAGCUGUCCCGGAUCAUGCACGACGAGGUGAGCGAGACGGAGAACAUCCGGAAGAACCUUGCCAUCGAGCGCAUGAUCAUCGAGGGCUGCGAGAUCCUGCUGGACACCAGCCAGACCUUCGUCAGGCAAGGCUCCCUCAUCCAGGUGCCCAUGUCCGAGAAAGGCAAGAUCCCCCGGGGCCGCCUGGGGUCCCUGUCCCUGAGGAAGGAGGGCGAGCGGCAGUGCUUCCUGUUCUCCAAGCACCUGAUCAUCUGCACGCGCGGCUCCGGCGGGAAGCUGCACCUGACCAAGAACGGGGUGGUGUCCCUCAUCGAGUGCACCCUGCUGGAGGACCCGGAGAGCACGGAGGAGGAAGCCAAAGGGUCCGGCCAGGACAUGGACCACCUGGACUUCAAGAUCGGGGUGGAGCCCAAGGAGGCCCCGCCCUUCACCGUCAUCCUGGUGGCCUCGUCCCGGCAGGAGAAGGCAGCCUGGACCAGUGACAUCAGCCAGUGCGUGGACAACAUCCGGUGCAACGGUCUCAUGAUGAACGCCUUCGAGGAGAAUUCCAAGGUCACGGUGCCACAGAUGAUCAAGUCGGACGCCUCGCUGUACUGUGACGACGUGGACAUCCGCUUCAGCAAGACCAUGAACUCCUGCAAGGUGCUGCAGAUCCGCUACGCCAGCGUGGGCCGGCUGCUGGAGCGGCUCACCGACCUGCGCUUCCUCAGCAUUGACUUCCUCAACACCUUCCUGCACUCCUACCGCGUCUUCACCUCCGCCGCCGUGGUCCUGGACAAGCUCAUCGCCAUCUACCGCCGGCCCAUCAGCGCCAUCCCCGCCAGGUCGCUGGAGCUCCUGUUCGCCAGCGGCCAGAACAACAAGCUGCUGUACGGGGACCCCCCCAAGUCCCCGCGAGCCGCCCGCAAGUUCUCCUCGCCGCCCCCGCUGUCGCUCACCACCAAGACGGCCUCGCCCAGCCGCCGGCGCAAGCUGUCCCUCAACAUCCCCAUCAUCACGGGCGGCAAGGCCCUGGACCUGGCCGCGCUCGGCUGCGGCUCCAACGGCUACUCCCCCGUCUACUCGGCCGUGGCGCCCCUCGGCAAGGCCGCGCUGGACACCGGCAAGCUCUGCAUGUCCGGCGGCUUCGCCAGCAAGAUCGCCGACGAGGCCGAGGUGGCCGCCGAGAAGCCGGACGAGCCCUCGGCCCCCGGCAAGCAGGGCCCAAAUCCAAAAAUCGGGGACCGUCUGGGAGACGUCAGACCGUCUCCGCCCCUCCCAGGCUCCGACGUCUCCGUGAGGGAGGAGUCGGACACGGACCAGAACCAGAGUGACGAGGCCGACCCCGAGAUGUCGCCCACCAAAUCCCCGACGACACCCAAACCCGUCAAGAGCAAACAUCCCUCAGAGUUCCCCCUCUUUUCCUACAACAACGGGGUGGUCAUGAGGUCCUGUCGCGAGCUGGACAACAGCCGCAGCGGCCUGUCGGCGGCCUCCGCCUUCGCCAUCGCCACCUCGGGCGCCAACGAGGGCACCCCCAACAAGGAGAAGUACCGGCGGAUGUCCUUGGCCAGCACAGGCUUCCCCCCGGACCAGAGGAACGGGGACAAGGAGUUCGUGAUCCGCAGGGCGGCCACCAACCGCGUGCUCAACGUGCUGCGGCACUGGGUGUCCAAGCACGCGCAGGACUUUGAGACCAACAAGGAGCUCAAGAGCAAGGUGGUUGGCUUCCUGGAGGAGGUGACGCGCAACCCCGAGCUGCUGACCCAGGAGCGGAAGGCGGCCGCCAACAUCGUGCGGACUCUGACGCAGGAGGACCCCGGGGACAACCAGAUCACGCUGGAGGAGAUCACGCAGCUGGCCGCGGGCGUGAAGGCCGAGCCCUUUGAGAACCACUCGGCCCUGGAGAUCGCGGAGCAGCUGACCCUGCUGGACCACCUGGUCUUCAAGAAGAUCCCUUACGAGGAGUUCUUCGGACAAGGCUGGAUGAAGCUGGAGAAGAACGAGAGGACGCCCUACAUCAUGAAAACCACGAAGCAUUUCAACGACAUCAGUAACCUGAUCGCGUCCGAGAUCAUCCGGAACGAGGACAUCAGCGCCCGGGUGAGCGCCAUCGAGAAGUGGGUGGCCGUGGCCGACAUCUGCCGCUGCCUGCACAACUACAACGCCGUCCUGGAGAUCACCUCCUCCAUGAACCGCAGCGCCAUCUUCCGGCUGAAGAAGACGUGGCUCAAAGUCUCCAAGCAGACGAAAGCGCUGAUCGACAAGCUGCAGAAGCUGGUGUCCUCCGACGGCCGGUUUAAGAACCUGCGAGAAGCGCUGAAGAACUGCGACCCGCCCUGCGUCCCUUACCUGGGCAUGUACCUCACCGACCUGGCCUUCAUCGAGGAGGGGACCCCCAACUACACGGAGGACGGCCUGGUCAACUUCUCCAAGAUGAGGAUGAUAUCCCACAUUAUCCGAGAGAUUCGCCAGUUCCAGCAAACCGCCUACAAGAUAGAGCACCAGGCGAAGGUCACCCAGUACCUGCUGGACCGGUCCUUCGUGAUGGACGAGGAGAGCCUCUACGAGGCCUCCCUCCGCAUCGAACCCAAGCUCCCCACCUGAGGCCGCCCGCCCGCCCGCGCCCCCCGGAGGCCGCCGGGCCGCGCUGUACAUACUCGUCCGUCUCUCCGGAUCCUCCUCCUCCUCCUCCUCCUCCUCCGUGUGCUUCUCCAAGAACACAGACCCGGCCCUGUCUUCGUUCCCAAACUGUGACUGCUCCGGCCCCCGACGCCGCCCGCCCAGCCCUGUCCACCUGCGGGGCCUGGUCCCUGCUCCCCGCCCCUCCCGCCCGGUCCGGCCCCACGGGCGGCAGGCCGUGCGCUCACGAACCUUCGGACACGUCCGGCUUCUGUCCCCCCCCAGCCGGGCCCAGCCGGCCACACGCACCUCCCAGCAUGUCCCAUGUAGUUGCUACAACGGGGUGGGGUGGGGUGGGGGAGGUGGGACGGGGGGGCCAUACCCCAAAGCCCAGCCAUCGACAGAUCUCCCCGUGGACGGCCACGUCCAUUUCCCAAAGCCGCUGCGUGUCCGCCAGAGUCGCAGGCCUGGGGACUCAUCGCCCCCCCAUCUCCCGGGCGCCUGGACACAAGGGGGUCCCCCCCAGCCCCCACCCGGGGAGACCCAGGCUCCGCGACACCCACACCCGCCCAGUCAACCUGGCCUCCUUCGCUCUGGGAAUCACACCAGAUGGACAGACAGACAGACAGCGGGCACCAGGCCCCGAAACUCGCUGAGGAAAACGCAGGCACAUCGCCAAGUCGACGCCGGCCGACCGAUCGUUGUCCCAGGUCCCUGCGAGCCGGGAACACGCACACACACGCACACACACGCCACUUCUCCUCCAUCAGACGCCUCGUGCCCCCCCCGCCCCCCAGCCUCCCUGAGAUGCUCCGCGUCCGUCUCUGCCCCUGACCAUCGUGCCCGCUGUAGCGUUUAGAGCCCCGUCCGGAGUGUGUCCUCCUGCCGAAGGCCCCUCCCCUCGCGGGCACAUAGCCCCCCCCCAUGCUCACCCUGUGACCACCACCCCCGUUUUCUACGCGGGACAGAGGGCGGGGGGGGGAGUGGGGGGGCGGGCAGGCGCUGUGGGGGCCCCAGGCCACGUCUGCCGUGAGCAAUACCCACUGGUCUGAGGAUUCUAUUUCCAGCCCUACACACUCUUUCCACACCGGCUCAUUUGGAGAAAAAAACAAACAAAAAAAAACACAGAAAAAGAACUUUCCGUUUUUUGUAAAGAUGUACGUUUCCUGAUUACCUCUUGCUAAAUAAAUCUAUUCUAUCUCAGGGUGAA